GUUCGCUAUUCGCCCGCAGGAGCCCGCGCUUCCGGGAGCGGGGCGGUCCCGCGACUCCGUCUGCGCGUGAUUUUCUCUUCACCGAGAGCCGUACGGACGCUCCAGCUGUGCGAACAGAUAAUAGACAAAAGACUCGCCCUCACAACGAGGUGAACGUUAAUCAUUUUCAGAAGAAACAAGAAACUGUACUGCAGAUGUAUAAACGCUCAGUCAUUGUUUAAGGACUUUAUUGACACAAACAGUAAAGCGGUGCAGGAAAGAAAUUCAUAACUAAACAAAGUAAAGUAGCUGGGACUCGGCAUUUACAGCCCGUUAAGCGGUCAAGACAGCGACCUCUUGCUUUGUUACCUGAAACGUUUCUUGCAGCACUGCGCCUACGACGGCCAAACUUCCUUUCAGUUACGUCCUUGCAUAAUAAGUGCGUUUGUCUGUACUCCAUUGGAAAACUUUUCUGAAGUGCUGCCGCUAUGAAAGAUCUCCGAUGUAAGAACGGUUAGAACUUAUAUCAAUUGAAAUAAAUGCGGAUGUAGCUCUCCGUCCGCAUUCCGGAAUUUCGCUAAAGGAAUUUUAUGAUUAUUUCUAUCUCACGUGUGCUAAAUUUCUAUCGUACAUCCAUAUCCGUUAUUCAGAUUGUAACCUCUAGUCUGUGGUAUCUAUCGGUAAUAAACCAAGCUUUAUAAUCCAUCGAGGCUUGAAAUUUACGAAUGUAGAGUGUCUGAGAGUUAAAAGUGCGCGAGUGGUAUACUGGUAGACGUAUACAACAAUCGAUGCGAAUUUCACGUCCGCUGCAUUAUUACACAACGUUCAUCGCCAGCCGUUCGGAUUACUGGAACAUCGUUUGUGGAUUGUGAAUCAGUGCAGUGUCUUAGCUUGUGUCGAUUAGUUCAUACAGGGAAGAUGCACGCACGUGUCUGUGAAACGUCCUGCAGGAAUUGUGCACCGGAUCCACCGCUCCGGUUCAGCUGACUGGGACACCGCCCGAUAUGCUCUGCUACGCGCUGCUACAGGCGCACGACGUGGUGGCGCACGAGGUGUACGGGGAGGACGCACUGCGCGUCACGCCGCCGCCGCUGCUGCCCUAUCUCAACGGCGGCGACGACCUGGACGGCCCCAAUGGCGACAUCGACAUGGAGAACGUGACGCGCGUCCGGCUCGUCCAAUUCCAGAAGAAUACGGACGAGCCCAUGGGUAUAACGCUGAAGAUGAAUGAAGAGGGAAAGUGUAUCGUGGCUCGUAUUAUGCAUGGAGGCAUGAUACACCGACAGGCCACUCUUCACGUAGGCGAUGAAAUCAGAGAAAUCAACGGAAUUCCUGUUGCCAACCAGUCGGUCAACGCCUUACAGAAGAUACUGAGAGAAGCACGAGGAUCAGUCACCUUCAAAAUUGUUCCAUCAUACAGGAGUGCUCCACCGCCCUGUGAGUUGUUCAGGAUUAGGCCUCUGCCAGUAUUAAUUUUUGUUCGUGCACAGUUUGAUUAUGACCCGUUGGAUGAUGACCUGAUACCUUGUGCACAGGCUGGUAUAGCUUUCAAAACAGGAGACAUCCUGCAAAUAAUAAGCAAAGAUGAUCACAAUUGGUGGCAAGCAAGGAAAGACAAUGCUGCUGGCUCAGCUGGUCUUAUUCCUUCACCAGAACUCCAGGAAUGGAGAACGGCCUGCAUGGCGAUGGAAAAGAGUAAACAGGAACAAGAUGGGGAAACUGAUGGAGGAUGCUCGUCACAUAAAGAUGGAUGUGAUGGCAGCACAGUGAAUUGCUCAAUAUUUGGUCGCAAGAAAAAGCAAUACAAGGACAAAUACCUUGCCAAGCAUAAUGCAGUGUUUGACCAAUUAGAUUUGGUUACCUAUGAAGAAGUUGUUAAACUACCAUCAUUCCAGAGGAAGACGCUGGUUCUCUUAGGUGCACAUGGUGUUGGAAGAAGGCAUAUAAAAAAUACACUAAUAGCAAAAAACCCUGACAAAUACGCAUACCCAAUUCCACAUACAACGAGGCCACCAAGAAAUGAUGAAGAAAAUGGUAGAAAUUAUUACUUUGUGUCACAUGAUGAAAUGAUGGCAGACAUAGCAGCAAAUGAAUAUUUAGAAUACGGGACACAUGAAGAUGCAAUGUAUGGUACAAAACUGGAGACAAUCAGGAAAAUUCACCAAGAAGGAAGAAUGGCCAUUUUAGAUGUGGAACCACAAGCUCUUAAAGUAUUAAGAACAGCCGAAUUUGCACCAUAUGUAGUUUUCAUUGCUGCCCCUGUGCUUCAGAACCUUGCUGACUAUGAUGGAAGCUUAGAACGAUUAGCGAAGGAAUCUGAUCUUCUGCGGCAAGCCUAUGGGCAUUUCUUUGACUUAACUAUAGUUAAUAAUGAUAUAGAAGAGACAAUAGCUGCCUUAGAAAAAGCCAUUGAACGUGUUCAUACUACACCACAGUGGAUACCUGUCUCAUGGGUCUACUGACAGAAGACACUUUCAGAGUCUACAACUUCAAUAAAGUGAAAAUGGGAAACAGAAAAAGUGAUUAAGUGCAUGAAUAAGAAGUUACUGUGUUUGUUAUGCUCAAUUUCAAUUCUGGUAUGUGUAUGUUAAUGAUCUUCCUGUGGAUAGCUGCUGAAUCAAAUAAGAGUGGUAUUAUGUUUAUCUUCAACUCUUUUUCAGGAAAGUUGUGUCACUUUAUUUCUCAGUUCAUCACUGGAACACAAACAUGAAGCUGUAGUAAGUGAUUCCAAUCCUAAAUUUUUAAAAUUUCAUAAAACUUGAAAGACUUUUAUUUAUACAAAUUUUUGUUCUGUGAACAAUUAUUAUUUGAUUGUAAUAUGAACUACAAGGCAGUGUUAAACUCCGAGUUUGAAAUAUUAGGAAAAUAGUUUUGUUUAUUGUAAGGGAAUAUGGAUACACAUUUAACUAUGUUGUUGAAUAAGUUUUGUUUGUCCUCCAUUGUAAGAAAUAAUUUUCAGAAGUAGGUUAACGCUAAGUGUCAGUUAUUUUGUUGCAGUAUUUGUGAAAGGUAGGCUGAAUGUUUGUGUUGUUCUGUUAAGUUAUUCCAUUGAUCCUGAAUUGUGUACUGAUUGUUAUCUUAUCAACACAACACUAUUGUUUGAAUGCAAAGAUCAGCUCUAAUUCAGAGACAUUCCAAACAUAUUGUUAACAUUCCUCCUUCAUGUUUCCUCUUCUUUUCUAUCAUUUACUACAGCUCCAGUUUCUGUGUUCAUGUGAAUAAACUACAGGGCAUUAGCAAAUCUGAUUUUUAGUUGUUGGUAACUUUUCAGUUUUCAAUGAUGCUAAUUGUGCUGAAGCUGAACAUGUUUCAAAAAGCAAUAGCACUGUACUGAUUUUUCAUGAAUUAAUUAAUAACAUCCUAUUAUUUAUAGUGGACUAGAACUGCACUGAAAAUCCCAUUUGUCACAUUCUAUAUUAGUUUACUAAAAAAUAAACACUAAUGUUUGAAUUCUUUUAUAGAUAUGUUUUCCUUUGUAUUACAUUUUGAGAUCUAUCCACAAAAGCAAUCUGAAUAUCCAAAUAAUUAUAUAGUUUUUAAGAAAAGGUACUAAAAUAUUUGGAAUAAUUAUCAAAAUUUGUAAUUCAACAGUUAUUACGAAAGUCUGAACUGCUAUUUUACCUAAACUAUUCAGCAAUUGGUUCACUGUAACAUUUGCAUGUUUCAGUUAACAAACUGUGAGUGAUAUGCAGUUACAAGUGUUCAUCUUAUAUGCACAAAUAGUAAUAUUGUUGAUUAGAAUUUUUAAAGUAAAAUUUUAUCAAACUAUGCAAGUAAUGUAAUACAGAAAGUGCACAAAUACGACCACUGUUAUAGAAACAGUGCUCUAUAAAAUUAAGCACAAACUUAGUGUUUGCUCAGUUAUGAAGUAUUUUACAAUACAACUGAAGUGCCAUCUUGAAGUACUGUGAAUAAAAUUUUGACUUAAUCUAUGCAAAAUGACAGAACAUUAAGUAUUAACAUGAACAUUCUGUCUACAAUAUUUCAUGCAGUAUAUAUGAAGAGGAUGUGGAUAGUGCUUUGUACGUUUAAGGUGUUAGGGUAAGUGGUGGGCUUUCCCAGACAUUACACUUCUUGACUGCUCAUGAAUAUGUUAAGUGUGCAGAAGAGGAAGUAUUCAGCAGUGUACGCAGCAGAAGUGCAUAUGUUUGCAUCUGAUGUGUGUUUGGCUACUGUGCUGUUUAUCUGCAGUGAUUUGGGCUGUGAGUGAUGAAGCAAUAUGCUUUCAAGAAUGAAUUGGAGUGUUGUCCAUUAAAGGUGCAAGAAAGUGGGAUUUAAAAUUAAGAAAUAUUGUAGUGAAUGAGGAAAGAUGUUUUCACUAUAAAUUUGGAAAAACUUCAAAUACUAACAUUGUUAUUGCAAUUUAACAAAGUGACACAAUCUGAAGAGCUUCAGCUGUGUAAAAAUCUUUUUGUGUCAUAAAUACCUACAACUACUGAAAGAAAUAUUACAAUCAGGAUAUUGAUGCAACUAUAUGUAGAUGGAUCAAGAAUGUAGAAGCAACAUGCAAAAACUAGAAAACUUUAUUGAACAUAUGGGAAUGAACUUAUGUGGCUUGUUUAAUGUGAAUAGAUUGAGACUCAAUAAACGAAGUUUUAUGUGCAUCUGUUUCUGUCAUACAUACAUGUGUUUCAGUUGCUUAAGGGCCUGUGUGCCCUUCUAUGAUUUUUGAAACUGACCUGCAGAUUAAGUACAAGCAGUGAAAUGACUAAUUUUUUCUCUCUCUAUGUACUUGAAAUUAUUGUUUUGUAUGUAUUCUUACUUAAGUCAAAUCCCUCUAAUAUCAGACAAAAUCAGUUUAUUGCUGGUGUUACGUGAUUUCAUAUUCACAAAAAGAUACUUUGCUGUAAACAGUCAGUAAAUUUUGUAAUUGUGUGUAUGUUUUUUUCUAUUUUAAUAAUAAUCUGGAUACAAACUUUGGGGAAGAUAUCUUCACUGGACAAUUUACCAUCAAGAAAUUGUUGCAGGAGAUGCUACUCUUGUGAAAGAUAUAGAUUUGUCUUAAUUUUGUAGUUAACGUAGCAGUGUUUUAUUUAUUAUCAGUUUCCUUUUAUACCAGCUGUUUUGUUUUAUUCCAAAAUAUUGCAGUAGUUUUGACACUAAUAUUUUCAUAUUAAUUUUCUUUUCCUGGGAGGAAAUCCAGUAAUAAAGGUCAGUGUGUCGUUAGUCUGAAGCACUAUACACCAAUGCUAUGUUUUGAUUAUGCAUAAUGUUAUGUUUGACCACUAGACACAGAGAAUUUAUAUUCUGUGCCCAGCAUUCUGAAGUAAACAGUCCAAAAUAACCAACAAAUUGUUUACAUCAGCAUAGGAAGAUGCUUUUAGAAUACAUUACUGGAAGUGGCCUUUAAGCACAAUCAGAAGUCCUGGGACUGCAGCAAGAUCUGCUGUGUAAUGUUGAACUAUAUUACCACUAUAAAACUCAAAGCACUGAAUACAUAUUUUUCAAACUUUAUGUUGUAUUCUAAUUCCUAAAGCAGAAGUAAAUUUUGUUGCUUAUUUAAGGAUUCUCAAGAAACUGAAGAAAUAUGUUCAAUAAAAACAUUGUCAUUGUAUCACAUGAUUGGUUAUAGAUGGUGUCACCCUGAAUAUUUUUUACUGUGAAUUUCUAUUACAUGAUCUCCAUUCGUCAUGAGAUAACUUCAGAUUUCACUCUACAUCAGCACUGAAUAAAAUUGUCUCUAAAAUGGUGAGCUGAAACUGGUCUGUGGUCAGAAUAAUGGAUACAAAAUUUACCUCUUGAAACUGAACAUAGUCACUCAGUGAUAAACAUCUUCUCUCAUGGAUCUCCUACUGAGACAUGCUCAAAGGACAGUUGGAUAUGCUGACAAAUAACAUUCAGUACACCUGUGAAUAUGUCAUUAUUUGAAUAAAAAUAAAUUGUUACUGAGAUUCAGAA